AUGGCUGCAACAUUUGAGUUGCCCAGUUUACAACGAUGUAACAGCGAGACCGUCUCACCAUAUCUAGAUAUUCGAAACGCUAGAAGGACUUUGAUGAGGGUGGUCAUACGUUCCUCUUCUGUUCCGGGAACAAUCGGAGGGAUCCAUCACCUGCACGCAUGGGUUCAGAACUUCAGAAGUGUGGCGGCGGUCCAUGUCAGAUCGAGUCCAGCCUCCCGGGCCUUCUCCCACGCCUGCUCCUCAAGCCUAAGCCCACGGACUUCUAAACCUCUUCAUCCCGCUCGCGACGCGCUUCUCCUGAUGGUAGCCCACGCACGAUACAACGUGCAGGUGGCAAGACAAUGGGGACGUCAUACUAUGCCAGGUGAUCCGAACCUCCAGGACCAGCUGCAUAACCCAUCAUCUACCAUUGGCCUCCAGUGGCAGCCACCUACGUCCGCUUGCGGCACUAAGCCUGUGCGAUUAGUCUCCUCUGGGCAGACCAAAACGAUGACAAGUGACGGCCGCUUCUUCAAGCAUUAUGGGCUAGGGCUGUGCGUUCAUGAUAACGGAAUAUGGUCUGCAGGGAACUUUCCCGGCAACUGUCAAGUUCGUAAAGCACAGGAAGCCGAGCUAAGCCAGAAACUUUGA